AUGAUGAGCAAAAACGACUUGUCUCUACAUGAACAACUCACGCUGGUGUACAAGGAGAUAGAAACACUGAGACAGAACCAAGCCAUAAUGAAACAGAACCAAGAGAACAUGAAGCAGGCUGUGAUGGACUGUACAGAAUUGCAAGCAAAUGCAGAUAAGCAGGUGAAUAUGACUACCAUGCAGGAAGGCAGCAGUUCUAAGCUAUACUCCUAUUUCCAAAAUAAUGAAGAGGAAGAUGAUGGAGGCCUUGACCCCUGUUUUUACUACACUGUGCUUGACCAGACCUGGAGAGCCACCAACUACACCACCAAGAAAGUUGCUUGCGACCGCAGUGUGCAGUGGAAGGGUUGGUACCGCCUGUUUUAUAAAGGCAAAACCAUUCAAAUGCCCGAGCUGUGUGUGAAGAAAGAAAGAUGUGGCACUCAUUCCCCGCUGUGGCUAGUCGGCGGACACCCGCGCAGACGAGAUGGCAUCGUCACACGCAAAGUCUGCGGCCACUGGAACAACGACUGCUGCGCCUUCAAAUCCCCUCCCAUCAAAGUGAAAGCUUGCAAGGGCAAUUACUACGUCUACCAGUUUGUCCAGCCAUCCACCUGUCACUUGGCCUAUUGUGCAGUGACAGCCAGAGUGCACUUCUUUGCCUCAUACCCCGGCACACUGGCGGGCAAGGUGAACCGAAUCCAGUACAAGAAGGUAUACGUAAACGUGGGACAGGCAUACAACAGCCGUACAGGUGUGUUUACAGCUCCGGUCUCUGGUGUCUACCAGUUCUUCUUCUCUACACAGAGUUCGACAAGUGGGGCUAAGACUGACCUGUGGCUGGUCGUAAACAGUUAUUGGGUUGCCGUGUCUCGUACUAAUGUCAGCAGCCCCAACUCAGUGGGGAAUCUGUCUACCUAUAUGACCACUCUGCGCAAAGGUGCUUUGGUAUAUGUGACCCAUAACUGUGGCAACUCCUGGGCUAAUUCUGCGUCCAAUACUAUUGUAUUUGGGGGUUCAUUGCUUUAUGUACAAAAAUAAAUGAAGAAAAAAUAAAAAUAAAAUAAUCUAUUAAUAUAA